UCCGAGCAGAGGGGAAGCCGGUUUAAAGGCCGGGGAAUCGGAGGUGUGGCGAAGGGAGCGGAGCGCUUGGACGGUAUCCUGGAGGGGAGAAGUGUGCUGCGUCGCACACGCGGGCGAGAACGCGUCGGGUUGGCGGAGGACGGAAGGGCUCGAGCGGCGCCCGUCCUGGACGGACCGCAGUCCCGGCGGAGCCCCUGACAAGAGCGGGCCUGGUCGGCGCUGAGCGGCUGACAUGAUCUCUGCAGCACCUCUCUACAGCGGGGUGCACAACUGGACCGGCGCUGAGCGGAUUCGCAUGUGCGGCCUCAACGAAGAGAGGAGAGCUCCGCUUUCUGAUGAAGAAUCUAUCACCAGCGGCUCCCAGCACCUGGGCUCCCCCGAGUUCUGCGUUGGCAACAGUUUUUCCAAGGUGGAGCUCACAGCGGUCUCGAGUAACGGCAGCGGUGCCCAAGGGUUAGAGGCGGAGGGCAUCGUGGAGGAGGAACCCGGGCCCAAGCUUGAGGAGCAGUCCCGUGAGCCGGACUUCGCCGGGAAGGCCUUGAAGGGCGAUGACGCCGACCCAGGCGAAACGAGAGAGGCCGAGGCUGCAAAGCCGGAGAGCGGUGGCCCGGACUGCGCGUGGCCCUCUGCUCAGGAGGCGGCAGCGGCGGACGUUGGCCCUGCUUGCCCGAAGGCUCCGGAGAGCGAGCAUGCAGGGAAGGAGAAGAGCACCCCAGCGGCUGGUGCAACCCUGGCGGUGGCCACCGCUGCCACCACCGCCACCACCAGCUGCAACACGUUGGCCCCUGCUCCGGCCACCUUCACUUUGAAAAGUGUCUGUUUCUCAACGUCUCAGGCCCCUGCUAUGCAAAAAAUGGCCCUCUCCUUCCCCGCCGGAGCAGUCCUAGCCCCCAGCCAGCCCCUGGUUUACCUCCCGCCUCUUCCGAACCCCCUGGGGGUCUCGUCCGCACUCGCCCUGCCUGUCUUACCCCCCUUCCAGCAAGACCCUUGCUUACCGGGCCUCCUGGCCCCUCCUGAGCUGCGUACGUACCCCUAUUUCUCCGUGGCCAGGUCUUUGGCUGCGGACCCCAAGGCGGCACCUGCGGAGGUGAGCCCGUUGAGCUGCCCCCCCUCCUCGGGAGAGAAGGGCGCCCCUGUUUCCGCCGGCUCCUCCCCUCCAGCCAACGGCCCGGACCUUUCCCCCGGCACGCCGGUCGUGGUGGCCUCGUGCACCAGUAGCGUCCCUGUGUCGGGGUCCGCCGGGGUGCUUGCUAGAGCCCCAGCAGCGGUGGCGGCCCCAGACCAGCUGGCCGGGGGCGUCCUGGCCUCCAUCUCCCCGCUGAAAUCUCCCCCGCAGCUGGAGCGCGAGAUGGUCUCAACCUCCCCGGAGUGCAGCGAGAUGCCCCUGGAUCUCUCCUCCAAGUCCAACCGUCAGAAGCUGCCUCCGCCCAGCCAGCGCAAGACGCCCCCCAUGCCCAUCCUGACCCCGGUUCACACCACGGGCAAAGCCCUCUUCACCACGGUCUUCUCCAAGUCCCAGCGGGUGGCUCAAGCCGCCGGCAACCCGCCCGCCGCAGCCUCGCCCUUCGUCAUCUUCCCGGAUUUCUUGCGCAACGGGGAGCAGGGCUCCUGGGUGAAGAACUCAACGGCCCUCAUCAGUACCAUCCCGGGCACCUACGUUGGGGUGGCCAACCCGGUGCCGGCCUCCGUGUUGCUGGGCAAGGAUUCCGGCGUCGGCUUCGGCAGGGACUCCCGCCACCUUCCCAAGCAGGAAGCCAUUUCUAUCGUCGACCAGGGCGAGCCCCGAAGCGCCGGGACCCCUUCCGGGAAGAAGAGCAGCGCCGAGGGGCAGCCGGAUCCCGCCAGGCAGCUUCUCCAUGGCCGAGGGGCCCCAAGCGCCCCCUUGCGCCCGUCCAAGGAGCUGUCCGUUUGGAACCCCGGGGCAGGGAACGCGUACCCUCGGUGCUCGCUCAACGGGAAGCCCGCCAGCCCUCAGCUCCUGCCGGUGGGGUGGUCCCACUGCCACCCGGGUCCCCUGCUUUCAAUCGGCCUCUCUGCAGCCGGACAACUCUCCCCCAAUCAAGUCGGCCUCCCCAAGCCGGUCGGCACGGGCGGUCCAGCCGCAUUCCCCGCCGUGCAGCCGGCAGAAUCCGCCACGGUGGCCCAGAAGGGCCCGGACGCUCCUUCGCAGGGCAAGGGCUGCACGGCCGCCUUGCCGAACGCGGCCAGCCCUCUGUGCGUCUCGCCAGCGCUGCAAACCAACCUUCCGGGCGCCAGGGGCUCCAAGGGCCCGGCCCCCAACUACAGCGUGGAGAGGUUAGAGGCGGACCCUGCAGCCAAGGUGGCUCCGCCGCCCGAGGCCGCCCCGGAGGGCGGCAGUCGCAAGCGUCCUGGAGACACCAAGCCCAAAAACCAAUUCUUGACUGCCUACCUGUCCCGUGGCCUUCCCUUGGCUAGGCAGCCGAGCGUGCGGACGGCCUCGGAGCCGGCGCCCCCCGCGGACAGCCGCUGCAAGGAGCGGAGGUUCGCCGCGCCCCGGGCCCCGCUGCAGGCGGAGGUCCCUCCCCGUACCGUGCAUCAGGUGGACCUCAGCCGGGUGAAGACGGAGAGGGUGGACCCGGAGGAGCCCUUCGACGCCUCCGCCUGCUUGGCUGCCUCGAGAGACCCUCCGAAGGCCAAGCUCAAGGGGGCGGCCCACAUCAAAGUGGAGGGGGGCUUCCCUUGCAAGGCCAAGCGACCGCACGAGGGCCCCGACAGGCCGUCUCACAAGAAGAUGAAGUGCCGGGGGGCCGGCGAGGAGUCCGCCGGGCUCUGCAAGUCGAGCAGCCAGAACCUCCAUACCCGCAAGUGGCGGAAGCAUCACGGCGACCUGCACGGGCUCAGCAAGCGAGAGGGCCGGCUGGGCUCCGCCAAGGAACGGAGCAGCCUGCGGGCCAAGCGCAAACGUCGGAAGCCGUCCCCAGGGCACCGUGGGCACAGCUGCGAAGAAGCUUAUAUUGAGAAGAAAGCCAAGAACAAUUUCCGGGACUUCAUCCCAGUGGUGCUGAGCAGCCGGACACGCAGCCAGUCAGGAAGCGUGGGGGGCUCUUCGGCUAGCGUUUUGGGGGAGUACGACGCGGCUGGCCAGGAGAUCGCGCCACUGCUGGAAGAGGAAGAGGAGGACGACAAGGCAGAGGAAGAGCUCUCCCCGAAGCAUCGCCGGCUGAGAAAAUCCCACCGCCUCUCCCCUCACUCCGGCUGCCGAGACAGAGAGCGAGACCGGUCUCGGUCGGAAAGAGGCGCUUUCCACCCGGGCAAGAACAGAGGGCUGCCGUGGCAAGUGGAAGCCACCGGGCAGCUGUGGGGCCGCAAGGAGGCUGAAGAGGAGAGCGGCCACGUCAAGAGGAAGAAAAGGAGGCGGCAGAAGAGCUGGAAGUACCAGACGGGGGAGUACUUGAUAGAGCGGGACAAAGAAGAGCACACGAGCUGUUGCCAUAAGCGGCGGAAAUCGAAAGCAGACUUCAGGUACCGGAAGCACAAGGGCUCCGCACCAGGCAAAGGCUCGGAGCUGCGCCUGAGGAGCCGGCUUUCUCCGACCCUCCCAGGGCACCUGGAUUUCCGCAACGGAUUCCUCUUGGAACACCCCGACUCGGCUCCCAUCGAGGAAGCGCUAGAGAAACCAUCCGGGAAACGCAAAUGCAAAACCAAACACCUGUCGGGCCUCUGUGAAGAGGGGAAGGCCAAGGCCCGGGGGAACCAGGCUAAAAUGCGCUCUCCAAAGAAGGCCCGGGAUCCGUGCCCGUUCAGCAAGGCGCGGCGGCACAGCUCCGAUAAAGCCCCCGAGCCCCGCACGCCCCCCCCAGUGCCCCCCGAAGCUCGGCGCCUGAUCGUGAACAAGAACGCUGGGGAGACGCUGCUGCAGAGAGCCGCCCGGCUCGGCUACAAGGACGUGGUGAUGUAUUGCCUACAGAAGGAAAACAACGACGUCAACCACCGGGACAACGCCGGCUACACCGCCCUGCACGAGGCCUGCGCCCGGGGCUGGACGGACAUCUUGAACACCUUGCUGGAGCACGGCGCAAACGUGAACUGCAGUGCGCAGGAUGGCACCAGGCCCGUCCACGACGCGGUGGCGAACGACAACCUGGAGACGAUGUGGCUCCUGCUCUCCUACGGGGCUGACCCCACCUUGGCGACAUAUUCGGGGCAGACGGCCUUGAAGCUGGCCAGCAGCGAAGUGAUGAAAAGCUUCCUUACUGAUUACCUCUCGGAUCUGCAGGGGCGAGCUGAGGGGGACCCCCAAACGGCCUGGGACUUCUACAGCAGCACCGUCCUAGAGGGGAAAGACGAGAUCGGCUGUGACCUUCUUCUCAACCCUCCGGGGAGCUCCGACCAGGAGGAGGAAGACGAGCAGGACUCGGACCGCUUCAUGUUCGAGUUCUCCGACAAGCAGCUGCUUCCCUGCUACAACCUGCAAGUGUCCGUCUCCCGGGGACCCUGCAACUGGUUCCUCUUCUCGGACGUGCUGAAGCGGCUCAAGCUGUCGUCCCGCAUUUUCCAGGCCCGCUUCCCGCACUUCGAGGUGACGACCUUGCCCAAGGCGGAGUUCCAGCACCAGCUCUCGCUGAGCCAGGUGCUGGCCCCGGAAGAGAUCCAGGAGCACCUGGCGGACCCCUCGGCUCCGGGCGCCGUAGAGACGGUGGAGCUGGUGCGCUACGAGCCCGAGUUGGCCCGGCUGCUGGGCUCGGAGGUGGUCUUCGAGGCCUGGAGCAGCUGACGGGGGUGGGGGCGGGCCGCUCCCUCCGCUGCCGUCGGACUGCACCGCGAGGCAACAAUACGGACCAACGGGGGGGAGGCGGCCUGCGGCAAGGGGCUCCGCCCACGGGGGCCCCUCUGACCAACAGCAGCCAGCGCUCGCCGCCCGCCCUGCUUGGGGGCAAGGAGGGCUCAGAAGCGGCCCCCUCCCUCGCCCGAGACUCUCGGCUCCUCCGCCCGCCGCAGGCCUUGGUGGUUCUGAAGCCUCUCCGUGGAGCUGCUGCGUCCCUCCCCUCCCCUCCCCUCCCCAGCCCCCUCCCCAAGCUCUUCCAGAGUAUUUAUUUAAUUAGUAUUUAAUUUGUGGUGUUCCUUUUUUGUUCCUACCAAGUCUGUAUCACUGUGAUUUGAAUGGUGGGGGGGGGAGGAGGGGGGUUCCCUACAGCCACCUGACCCCACGGGGCUACGCUGAAGGACCGGGCCGUCACUUCCCUCCUCCGUUUUCACGAGACAGGGAGGCGGAGAGAGCCCCACGACCUCUCCCCCCACCCCCGGCUGCCUUUACGUUGAUGGCCCCAAGCUCCUUUUCUUGUUUUUUGCAGGGGCGCGGUCCUCUCUUUGCCCUUGCCCCCCCUCCUGCCUUUCACGUUGUUUUGCCUCCUGCCGCCGCCGCUGCCGUGGAGAGGCUGACAGAAUCCAUAAAGAGCCAAAGGCAUCCUCCGGCUAUCUCCCUUUCCUCUCCCUCCCUCCAUCUCCCCCCCUUUUUUUUAAACCCCCCCCCCCUUUCAUUCAAUCAGUUCAGGUGUCAAGAGGCAGGGGAGGGCAGCGGAGACUUGCCCUGUUGGGAGGCUUUGAGGGCAGAGGGGGACGUAGAUGGUACAGUUUUAUUGUACAGGUGCUAACAAGGACUGGACAAUCUCUUUUCUGGCUCCUCCCUGCACUGGGAGCGGGGCGUUUGGGUGUUAACUUUUUCGUUCUUUUGUGUUGUGGUUACCCACCCACCCCACCUUCCCGCUCGGGGAGCUGCAUUUCCUUGCAUCUCCACCCACCCCCACUUCCCACGUAGGCGGCCUCUUCUGCGCCCCCCCCCCCUACCUUGGGGUGGGGAAAACCAAACCGUUCUCUCUCUUUUUCACCAAGGCUUUCGGGCCUUUGGAGUGUGUGUUCCGGCUGCUGAGGUUCUCUUCCCCCCCCCUCCCUUUUCUGAUUUGUUUUAUUCUUAAGCAACGCUUUGGUGUCAAAAACACUUAUGUACAGAAAAACCUGCAUCAGGG